AUGGGUACCACCCUGGCCGAGCCCACCGCUUCGGCCUGUACUGGCUGGGAACUACCUGAGCCAGACUACCCACCGGCUCUGGUCACUUUUAUGUUUUGUGCGAUGGUCGUCACCAUCGUGGUAGACCUGAUCGGCAAUUCCAUGGUCAUCCUAGCCGUGUCGAAGAAUAGGAAACUCCGCAAUUCCGGUAACAUCUUCGUGGUCAGCCUCUCCAUAGCAGACAUGCUGGUGGCACUGUACGCCUACCCUCUGAUGCUGCAUGCCAUGUCUGUCGGCGACUGGGAUCUGGGCCACCUCCAGUGCCAGAUGGUCGGACUCAUCACAGGGCUCAGUGAGGUGGGCUCCACGUUCAACCUCAUAGCCAUCGCCGUCAACCGCUAUUGUUACAUCUGUCACAGCCUCAAGUAUGAACGGCUCUUCAGUGUACGCAACACUUUCUUCUACCUGGUGGGCACCUGGGUCAUGACCCUCGUGGCCGUCCUGCCCAACGUGUACAUUGGCACCAUCGAUUAUGACCCUCACACCUACUCCUGCGUCUUCAAGUACCUGAACCACCCUAUCUUGGUCGUGGUCGCGGUGUGCGUCCACGUCAUCCUCCCACUCUUCAUGGUGGGCUUCUGCUAUGUCCAGAUCUGGAUGCAGGUGCAGGAGGCCCGCACAGAGGUGAGGAAGAGCCCCAGAAACCUGCUGGCGGAGACGCAAAAUUUCUUAACCAUGUUUGUCAUCUUCAUCCUCUUUGCUGUGUGCCGGGGUCCACUCAAUGUACUCACUGUCGUGGUGGCUCUGAGCCCAAGGGGGGUGGUGGAGAAGAUUCCCAACUGGCUGCAUCUCGCUGCCUACUUCAUAGCCUACUUCAAUCGCUGCCUCAAUGCUGUGGUCUACGGAAUCUUCAAUGAGAAUUUCCGAAGAGAAUACGCACUCAUCUUCCAUGCUCUGCGGCACCCUGUCCUCUUUGUCUCAGGCACCCUCACUGACAUCCGGGAGACUUGGGAAGCCCGGGCCUGGGCCCAAGUCCGAGCCCGAGCCCAAACCCAAGAACAAGAACAAGAAAAAGCCUGUACUGCUCCUGUUGUGGAAGAAGUACCCAUGAGUGCCUGGAAUAUUCCACUCCCAGGCGCCCUUGGCCAGCCUGAUCUGGACUCCAAGUCAGCGCUGGAGCACAAGUCUGUCACGGACUGCUCUAAGCCUUCCCCUGUCCCCUGGACCACUGACACUGGUAACAGCCUGGAUUCUGACACCACUGAGCCCACUGCCAGCCCAUCUGGGUCUGCCGAGCCUGCCGUGGCUGGUGGCCUUCCCAAGAUUGUGGUCAUUGAUGUCGAAGGUGAUUUGGAAGAAGUGGUCAUCGACAGCUCAGAAAGCGGCCAGGACGGUGGGGGCCGGCGCCGGGGACAAGGCCGGCCGCCCUUGGGGACCAUGCUGCGCGGCAAGGCGCGACUCAACGUGGUGUGGCUGGGUCGCUCGCCCGGCCAGUUCCUCGAGCGCAGGGAGAUCCGCGCGCCGCGCCGCCCCAGCCGGUAA